CAUUCUUGAUUCUUGAUUUAGAUUUGAAAUUUUUCUAUUCUGUUGAAAUAUUAGUUUGUAAAUAAACUAAAUAAUAAAAUAUGUUUAAUAAUUCUUCUUAGAAUGUAAGCUACAGUAGUUAAAAAACAGAACAAAAUGAAUUCUUUGCACACAACUGUAAAAUAUUUAAGGCGCAUAAAUAUAGCGACCGCUUUAAAUACCUUAAAAGAAUGUAAAAACCCACCUAAAUAUGUUACAAAAGAAGGCAUUUUUAACAACUGCAAAAGUAUUACAUUCAGUCCACGAAGUAUUGGAUUUGAGAUAGAAGAUAAGCCAAAUAUAAGCCGCGUAAAACAAGAUCCAGUGUCAUACAUCCCUAUAAUAAAUCCUCGUUCCAUCUUACCUAUUAUUGACACUAAUUGGCGCAAAGAUGAGAUUGGCUUACCUGCUAUUCAACAAGAGGAAAAGCAGGCAGUUCGUCUCAUCGUCAUAAGGCGCAAGAAAAUGAAGAAACACCAAAGGAACAAGCUUUGGAAAAGAAUGAGGCACCGUUGGGCUCGGGUCAAGAAGCGCAGACGUCAAAUCAAAGAGAAGAUCUUCCAGAAUGAACUGUUGGCGAUGGUGAAAGCGGCUAAUGAGUUCUCUGCGGAGCAGUAUGUGGCCAGCAAGAUAGAGCGCGCCAACCACACUCCACUGCCUACACGUUGGAGACACAAGCGUCUGCCAGCUUUCAUUAUACGACAGCUACUCGGAAUUGAUAAGAAAAUUAACUACAAACACACUGAUGUCUACAAAGCUUAGAAUAUAUUAUAAUCUUAAAAAACUAACACAUUUUCUUGCAUUUUAUAGUUUCACUAUUCUUAAAAAUGUGAGCAAUGAUGUAAAACAUUUCUGUUAGUAGAGAAAUAUAGAGUGAAAUUAUUAA